UAUUUCCAAGUUAGUUUUGUUUAAGUGUUGCUUCAAGAAUGGCUUUUAAUUUCGAUAGCGGGCAGUUCAACAAAGAAUCAACUCCAAAACGACUCGGUAACUGGCAAGUACCACGUUGGGCGCCUACUCGGGCCCGUCCAGUAGAAAUGCGACCAAAUCCAAAACCAAUAUGUGAUAUAAACGGUCGCUUUUUACCUGGAGCGCCGCGUGGAACCUCGAAAUGCUUCGGACACUAUACUGGAACGUGGGAGUUACCUCGGAAGAUUACAAGAAAAGUCGCUGAAGAGUUAACGAAGGAACCACCGGCUGGAAGAUUUUCAGAUUGGCUGAAUCUUCGUGUUCAAAGACAAAAGUCUGUCGUUUCGGCGCCAACACGCCUGCGCGCAGGAAAACGCGGCAAAGCGGAGAAGGAAAAGUCGCCAGAUGAUCAGACAUUCAUACCAAAUCAAUGUCCAUUGCACAAAAAUAAGUUAAAGAAGGGAAAGAAGAAACAAUAA